AUGGAUAGCUCUUCGGAUAGUCUAUCUCCUGGGGGGAUGCAUGAGACUCCUCUGCAGGGCGCUGAGCUAGCAGAGGCCCCUGACCUGGAAUUACUGGCGGCCAUGGGCUAUAAGCAGGAACUUCGUCGACAUUACUCCACGAUCCAGGUGUUUGCAAUUGCCUUUAGUAUCAUGGGGCUGCUGCCAUCAAUUGCAUCAACGCUGUCAUUUUCGGUACCUGCGGGUCCAGCGGCCAUGGUUUGGGGCUGGUUCACUGCCUGCUUUUUCAUAUUUAUAGUUGGAAUUGCACUGGCUGACCUGGGCUCUGCAUUACCAACAUCCGGAGGAUUGUAUUGGUGGACGCAUCACUUUGCAGCAGACAAAUGGAAGAAUCCUCUUAGCUUUCUCGUUGGCUAUAGCAAUACCAUAGGCCUCAUUGGUGGUAUAUGUUCUGUCGAUUAUAGCUUUGUGCUAAUGGUAUUUGCCAUUGUCUCUUUCAUUCGUGAUGGGGAGUGGAUGGCCUCAAGGAAUCAAAUAUAUGGUGUUUAUGCCGUUACCAUAAUAGUCCACGGCGUGCUUGCCAUACUAGCGGCGCCAAUAAUGCAUCGUAUACAAUCAGCCUGUAUCGUUGCCAAUGUCGGGUUAGUGCUGGCAACGGUCAUUGCAUUGCCAAUCGGGAGGUCAAGAACCGCCGACGGUAUCAACUCUGCCGCCUAUAUUUUCGGUCACAUAGAGAACCACACUUCGUGGCCAACUGGAUGGGCAUUUAUGCUCGCAUGGCUUUCGCCCAUCUGGUCAGUUGGUGCUUUUGACUCUUGCGUCCAUAUGAGCGAGGAGGCCAUGAAUGCUGCCAAAGCCGUUCCCUAUGGAAUUUUGGGAGCGAUUGGCGCAUGCUGGGGCCUUGGAUUCUUAUCUCUCUGUAUUAUCGCUGCUUGUAUAAGCACCGAUUUAAGCUCAGUUCUCGAGAGCCGAUUCGGCCAACCAAUCGCCCAGAUAUACUACGAUGCUCUGGGGAGGAAUGCAGCCAUAGGGUUCAUGGUGGCCAUGGCAACAGUACAGUUUUUCAUGGGGUUAAGCAUUGUGAUCGCAGCAUCCCGACAGACAUGGGCCUUCUCCCGUGAUGGUGCUCUCCCCUUUUCGAAUUACAUGAAAGUAGUCAGUACGAGAUUUCGCUACCAGCCUGCGCGUGCCGUAGUAGGAGUCACCAUCACAUCAGUCAUCCUUGGCUUGCUUUGUCUUAUCAACAGUGCUGCUACAAACGCACUGUUCUCGCUGACAGUUGCUGGAAACAAUGUUGCUUGGGCGACACCGAUAUUCUGUCGUGUAUUCUGGGGCCAGGACAAGUUCAAGCCGGGCGCAUUUUACACAGGCUGGCUCAGCACCCCAAUCGCCAUCCUGGCACUGGUGUAUCUAUUCUUCUCAGUCACCCUAUCGAUGUUCCCCACCGCCGGACCAGCACCAACGCCUGACAGUAUGAAUUACACUGUCGUGAUCAACGGAUGUGUCUGGGCCGGCUCGCUGCUCUAUUACUUUGUGUCAGCGAAAAAAUGGUUCCAUGGGCCGCAGAAAACUCUGGGCCCAGUAUCAGCGUCCUCGGGAGAAACCGAAGACAAAGGGAAGAGAUGA